AUGCCAGCCCCAUAUCUCUACCAGAUCACCGUUACCACCGGAUCCAUGCUUGGUGCCGGUACCUCAGCACGAAUCGGGUUACAGGUAUUUGGAUCAAAGAGUAAAACCACAAUCAAGAUGAUCAACUCGGACGGAGAAUCUUUGCCCCGAGGUGGUACUCAUGACGUCAUCAUGCCCCUGAAGACGUCACUAGGACAUCUGGAACUGCUGCAUAUCUGGCACGACAACACCGGUGUUGAUGAAACUUCGUGGUUUCUGAGGGACAUCAUUAUCAAGGACCUACAGACGAAGGAAGUCUAUCAGUUUAUUUGCUACGACUGGUUGUCUGAAGACCGAGGCGACUUCCAGGUUCAGAAAGUUCUGCAUGUGGCGACCCUGGAACAGCUGGGAUGCUUCAGUAGCCAGCUCCGAGAGAACACGGAUGCAAUGUUCUACGAUCAACACUUGUGGACAUCUCCUUUCGUGUCACCUGAAGGAUCCAAUUUCACCAAGUCAGAACGUCUAUCUUGCUGCUGUGCUGUUUUCAACAGCAUCAUGUUGUCCAACGCCAUGUGGUACAAGAGUGACGAGGGCUUUGUGACAAAGAACACCGUGUUUGACCUUGGAUUUGUACAGAUCACCCUUCAAGAGCUGUACGUGAGUCUCAUGACCGUUGUCAUGGUGCUACCUGUUGUCCUGGUACCGGCUAGACUGUUCCGGGUGGAGGUUCCAGCUUCAAUAACAGCUCCAGGAAUACGUCGUAGUUCCAAAUAUGGGUCAUGGAAAGGUAUACUGUCUCGAUGGUCAAAGUACGUGGCGUGGUUUCUCGUGGCGAUGGUUUCCAUCCUCUCGUCAUUCUUUGUGAUCCUGUACAGUCUGGACUGGGGUAGAAAGAAGAGUGAGGCCUGGCUAAAGACCUUCUUCUUUUCUUUCGGUUUCUCAAGCAUCAUCGCCGAAACUGCCGAGAUAUUGUUCCUGGCGACUCUUUUUGCCUUGGUCUGUAACCAGAGGCCUUCCAACAAGCAGAAGACAUACAAUAUCAAGGAAAAAGAUCUCCACCUUCACCUUUAUGAUCACAAAGCUCCUGUAAAGGUGUAUCCACCUGGUGCUGCAUCUACAGAAAGGAUGAAAGUAAAAAAUGAACAACGACGGAAGUUUUUCUUCGUCAUGAAGGAGUACGUUCUCCUGUUCCUGUUUGUUGUGGUGCUGUUCUUCAUCAGCCAUCACGAUAAAGACCCGUUUGCUUUCAACGCAUCGCAGACGUUGUACGACACUGUUCUAGAAGAUCACGAUUCGAUCACCACUGCUGACGAGUUCUGGACAUGGACUGAGGAGACCCUCCUACCUGUUUUGUACCCGUCGCUUUGGUACAAUGGGUGGAAAAUGAAGUAUCUGGACCGACAGUUUCCUCUUUAUACUGAAGCAUUCAGAAUCGGCCCACCGCGCCUUACACAGGUUAGGAAGGCUCCAGAUGCAAUGGCAACAGACCUGUCUCAAAAUGGAUGGCUGGUUGUAACUGGAGAUGGGGCAUGUUGGCAAUUCAAUGUCACUGGCGUGAUGUCACACAACUCAGGCUGUUCCGAAGAACACUCCAUGGAACUUCCAAGUCUUCUAGGUUUGGCGACAGCAAUAUUCUCCGACCUUCGGGACAGCAAGUGGAUCGACAAAUACACAGACUAUCUGGUUCUGGACCUGUCUCUGUACUACCCAGCCCAAAAACUGUUCAGUAGUCUAAGACUGACCGCGAACUUGGAAUAG